AUGUCUAACAUGCAGCAAAGCUUCAAUGCAGGCCAAACCAAAGGCAACACCCAGUGUUCGUUAAAUUUGGUGCAGGCUAAGGUAGAACAGUGGACUGAAACCAUCCAGGAUACAGCAAAUGCAGCCUGUAGAGACAGUACAUCAGCUGGUGCUCAGUCGACCGGAGAUUCUGCCCAGCUAGAGAAGGAUCAGAGUGCUGGUUUCCUGCAGCAGACUGGAGAGCAAGUGAAGCAUGUGGCUCAGGAUGCAAUGGACUCUGUGAAGAACACGCUUGGUAUAGGUCAGAAUAAGAAAUGAAAGAAUAACCUCUGCUAUACAUGGUCUGCCGAGCAACCGGAUUCCGAUUUAUGGAUAUGCUGCUGAUGCAAUUGCUCUUCUUUUUGCACGGACAAGUAUAGCACUUUGUUCAUUUUCCAUUUGUUUUGGCCCCUCUCAGAUGUAAUAAAAGUUCUCUCUUCUUUCUU